AUGUCUCUGGGGACCGUACCCGUUGCACCUCCUGGGAACGCGCCCUCUGGGAACACGCCCUCUGGGAACGGUUCCCCUUACGGGUACUUUGGGAACCAGGCUUCCGCAAACGGCCCUUCGGGGAGCGUCCCUCCCUCGGAGAAUGGGUCUCCGCCAGUGCAGCUGCCGGCGCAAGGACCCGCGAGCGGGCCCCCGGGGGGAGGCGGGCCGCCGCCGUCCGGCGGAGGCCCGCCAGGGGAAGGGGGAGCGCCCGGGGGAGGGGAGGCAAGCGGAGGACAGGGGGGAGGUGCGCCGGUGAAUGUGACAGCGGAACAAGGCGCGAUUCUGAAGAGAUGUGGCAAAGAGAUGGGGGUGCCAGAUGGCAUGUGGUAUCCUGGCGCACCGUGCAACAUUGACACGUGGCUCACGUGUGACCCUGAUGGGACUGUCAACGGCAUUGUCAUCCGCGAUAAGGGCAUCUCUGGAUCCAUCUGCUCCAAUAUAGGGCUCCUCACUUCGCUAGUAAAGAUUGACAUGGCCAACAACUCGCUAUCAGGCUCGAUUCCCACCAGCCUUGGCAACCUUGCAAGACUGGCCGUCUUCAACCUCCAGCAGAACCAACUCACAGGAUAUUUUCCCCCCACGCUCUCUCGCCUGGCGAGUCUCCAGAUGUUUGAUGUGAACACCAACAACUUGUCUGGGCCGCUUUUAUACCCCGUUGGAACCCUCUCAAAUAUCAAGCUUAUCAACGUUGCCCGCAACAACUUCAGCGGAUCGCUUCCCACCUCCAUCUACACCCUCACCAGCCUGCAAGAGAUGGAUGUCUCGGAGAAUUCGCUCACGGGUUCCCUGCCUCUCUCUGCCAGCGCCCUCAGCGGCCUUCAGAUGCUCAACAUGGUGAACAACCGCUUCUCUGGCGAGUUACCAACCACUCUCGGCAACCUCACAAGCCUCACUCGCGUGGAGCUGGGGAGGAACUACUUCACGGGCUCUCUGCCGACUUCCCUUGGGCAGCUCACUGCUCUCAUCAGCCUCGGGCUACAGGGCAACACGCUAGGAGGCUCCAUACCCUCUCAGCUGGGAGCACUCAUCAGCCUGAACACGCUUGACGUGUCUAACAAUCAGUUACGGGGCGCUCUUCCCCCCACCCUUGGGAAUCUCUCCUCCCUCACUGACCUCAAAAUAGGCGGAACGGACCUCACGUGCCCCUCAGCAGCAGGGCACCCCCCGUGUGGCGUGUGGCAGGACGCCUCCUCUGAGUUCUGCAAGACCUGCCCCGCCUUCUGCACCAACUGCUCCACUGCUGCCCUGCCUCCCAAGCCAGGCGGACUCAGUCCUCUCUCUUCCGCCAGACCUGCCCUUCCUUCUGUACCAACUGCUCCACUGCUGCUCUGCCACCCAUGCCAGGUCCUCAUGUGUCGGCGCUACUCGCUCAACCAAGUCAAGACGACUUGUGCCCCCUGUCCCAUCCCCCUUGUCUCACGGUUCUCGCUCAACCAAGUCAAGACGACUUGUGCCCCCUGUCCCAUCCCCCUUGUCUCACGGUUCUCGCUCAACCAAGUCAAGACGACUUGUGCCCCCUGUCCCAUCCCCCUUGUCUCACGGUUCUCGCUCAACCAAGUCAAGACGACUUGUGCCCCCUGUCCCAUCCCCCUUGUCUCACGGUUCUCGCUCAACCAAGUCAAGUACCCUGUCCCAUCCCCAUCCCCCUUGCCUGUCCCCCACUCUCGUGUGUGUGCAGGCAAGCCCGAGGCUCUUCCCAUCCCAAGCCACGUGCUCAUGUGUCGGCGCUUCUCUCUCGACCAAGUCAAGAAGGCAACGGAAAGAUGGGCAGAGGCGAAUCACAUUGGAGCAAAGUCCGUACCCACUCCCACCCCAUUGCCUGUGCUUUUUGUGCAUGCAGGCAAGCCUGGACGUCCUCCCAUCCCCGGCCAGGCGCUCAUGGGUCGGCGAUAUUCUCUGCAGCAAGUCAAGAAGGCGACUGGGGGAUGA